GACAAGAGCCAGAUCUGCUUCAGACCAGGUGAGACGCUGACUCAGAACCUGAACCCGUUCCUGCCUCCGUCAUCAUGUCAGCAAUUAAAACAGGAUCGUCUCUCCGGAGUCUGGUUCUGACCCCGGAGAGGAUCCCGUCCUUCAUCAUCCCCCCCCACAGUCCGCUCCUGUUUCUGUCUCCGCGGCCUCACCGGAUGUCACCGGACCGGACCAGACUGCUGUCCGAGCCUGAUGAGGCCAGUCCGGGAACGAGCCCCCCCGGGACGCCGAUCAGCCCCGCUACCUCGCGCCGCUUCCUGCCGCGGCUCCGACGCCCCCGCCGCGCCGCGGCAGAGCCGGACACGGACGUGACGACGCGCGCAGCCAUGUCUCUGCCGCACGUGGGGAAGGUGACCACGCCCUACGGGUUCCGCGCCGUACUGGCCGCGAGCCCGUGCACACGCCGGCGGGAGUCGCUGUUCCACCAGAACAAACCGGUGACCGAAACCCACCUGCGGGACCCGGCGGACCCCCUUCCACCUCCCGGUCCAGGUCCCAGCGAGUCCCGGGUCAGCCUGCGGCCCGUCAGAGCUCUGGGUCUGCAGCUGAUGAAGGAGCUGAAGAAGCCAGCAGCGGCUCUAAAGGCGCUGAGUCCGGCCCCGAGGACGCGCCCCCGCUGACGUCACUCAGACUCACCUGCCAGGUAGACCGGGUCUCCGCGCGUCAGGACUCUGACCACGUUUAAUGUUCUAAUAAACUAUGUUUUUAAUAAAGUUUGUGGCGCUUCACGUG